GUCGUUUUUUCUCUGUUGAUCCUCAACAAAACGACAUGUCGUUUAUCAUUGAAUAAUGGCAAGAUUUGAAUUUCUCAUACCGCGCUAAACGUUUGGGGUUCUCAAAUCGUCUUCGUCCCCAAAACCAAAAAUCCUUUCUCUCUCUAAACACAGUCGCAGAGUUUCUCGCUCUAGAGUUUUUCUGUUGUGGAUUCUUCAUGACUACGAAUUGAAAGGUUGAAGAAGAAGACAAUGUCGGCGAUUGAGAAGCUCUGGGUUCAGAUUUUUGAGAGGAAGUCGUGGAUAAUCGACCAGGUCAAACAACAGACGAGUCUAUACGAUAAGCACCUCGCAUCUAAACUCCUCAUCGAUGGAAUAACACCUCCACCUUGGUUAGGAGGAACCUUAGAUUCUACUGAGUUGAAUUGUGAAGACCUCAUUUCGGGGGUGCUUCUGUCACGUCCAAGGCCUGUAAUCCCAUUUGCAUUUAGUCAUUGUUCAGUGUAUGAUGAACCAAUUGCUAAAGCUACAAAUAGGGAACUACCAAAUGGUUCGUGCACGAAAGUAUCAGUUGAAAAUAGAGAAUUGGAUGGUUUGGAUCAUGCUAGGCGUGAUAGAGAAUGUGAUGGUUUUGAUUAUGCUGAAUGUGCUUCAGUUGGUGUUUCUACAAUGGAUCAGUGUAAUACAAUUGUUGAAGAUCAGAGAAUGGAGGUUGAGGAUGGUAGUGUUACAUCUCCUCAAGAGCAGAGAGAUGCAGGAUUCUUAGAUGUUAGAUCAGAGACAGCUUUUUCAUUGGCUAAGAUUCAAAGAUCCAAAUCAAGGCAGAAGGCUCUUGAGAUUCGCACUGGUACAAAAGCAGCUAAAUCCCGCUUGAAGAAUGCCAUUAAUUCGGGUGAAAAUAUUCCCAUUCCUUCCUUUCAAGAUGAUCAGCCUGAACAAUUGAACUUAGUAAACCCUGCUGUAGAUAACAGUAACAACAUUUGCACGGUGGAAGGUGUUAAAGUGGGUGAUUCUUGUAGCAAGGAGAAAGAAAGCUCUGGUUGGCAACAUAACUCUUUGAAUGCGGGUAGUUUAUCUAAUGUUGUUGGGGAGGAUGGAAUUGCACUUGAAGAGUCUAUUGGCCCCUCAAUUCAGCAGUAUAAUCCACCUCCAGAGUCUGCUCAUCAUAUUCAAAGUCACUUCGAAGAUUGCAUAGCAGCAGAAGGUAAGGUUGGAGAAUUGAGGAGAAUGACCCGGUCCAGAAGCUCUGCUAAACAAGCUAACUAUGACAGUGAAAAGAAAAGUGGUCCAAGCAAUCUAGCACCACAAGCCCAACUUACUGAUCAGAGCCAAAGAGCAAAGUCAAGGCAGAAGGCUCUUGAGAUUCGCACUGGUACAAAAGCAGCUAAAUCCCGAUUGAAGAAUGCCAUUAAUUCGGGUGAAAACAUUCCCAUUCCUUCCUUUCAAGAUGACCAGUCUGAACAAUUGAACUUAGUAAAACCUGCUGUAGAUAACAGUAACAACAUUUGCACGGUAGAAAGUGUUAAAGUUGGUGAUUCUUGUAGCAAGGAGAAAGAAAGCUCUGGUUGGCAACAUAACUCUUUGAAUGCAGGUAGUUUAUCUAAUGUUGUUGGGGAGGAUGGAAUUGCAAUUGAAGAGUCUAUUGGCCCCUCAAUUAAGCAGUCUAAUCCACCUCAGGAGUGUGCUAAUCAUAUUCAAAGUCACUAUGAAGAUUGCAUAGCAGCAGAAGCUAAGGUUGGAGAAUUGAGGAGAAUGACCAGGUCCAGAAGCUCUGCUAAACAAGCUAACUAUGACAGUGAAAAGAAAAGUGGUUCAGGCAAUCUAGCACCACAAUCCCAAUUUACUGAUCAGAGCCAAACAGUGAAAUCUGCUAAUAUUUCUAAUGCAAGUUAUGGUCUGAAAAGAAAAGUUGCCAGGUCUCUGAGCCAAACAAUGAAAUCAGCUACUGAUGGUUGUUUUAGAAGGGUAACUCGAUCUAGAAGCUCUUCUCAACCGCACAACACUGUCUAUGAUUUGUCAUUGCCAAUGAAGUCUUCAAAUACACGGAACUUUGAAGACGAAUAUCUCUCUAAUACUACGGACUUGGUACUUUCUGCUUCGAAGAGUUCUCAACAAGACAAAGACAGACUAAUAUCAGCUCAACUUUUCUUGCCAAUUGGAGAGGAUCAAGAGCUUUAUGCAGAAAAUUCAACAGAGUGUUCAGACAAGGAAAAUACAAGAACUUUUAUAAUAACUGAAGGAACACCAGAAGUUGACAGCUCCCAAAAUUUGGGUCUUCAAGUUACUCACUCCAAGUCUGCAGGAUUGAAGGAAUAUCUGGAAACUGAAUCUUUAAAAAGCUCAAAAGAACUUGACCCCAAUAAGGUGUCAUGUGAUGAAUUGGAAGACUCGCCUAUUUCCAGCACCAGCAAGCCUGCUGAUUCGGCAACUGUAAUGGAAACUGCAACGCAUAUUGAUGAGCAACAAGUCUGUUUUGUGUCAAACUUGAUUGGUGCAAGCGAUGUUGGUGUGGAAGAUUUUCCCCAACAUCAUGUUGGUAGUACUAAGCAUGUGGAGCCCAAGCAACUGAAUUUUGACGAUGUGGAACCAUCCAGUUUCGAUGGGGUUUCUGCUCUUUUUGUUGAGAAGAAUGAGGAGGAGAGAUUGUUAGAAAGAAGCCCUCUUGUCCUAUCAGAAUCUGGAGGUGUGUUAGAUAAAGGAGUGUCCUUGGAGGAAAGGGAAGCCUUUAGCAAAGAAAGAGAGCUUAGGAAUUGUUCUUCUGAAGCCUUUGUUGAGGAAGCUGAUACAAACAUUAUUGCUCUGAAUGAAGAUGCUGUAUCAGCAGUGAGUGAAACACCUCAAGCAGAGAAGGAUUUGGCUACUGAUAAUUUGCAGCAAAGUGAAAAAAGUUCCAAAGAGAAAUAUUCUUUGAAAGAACCUUUAGUAACCCCAAGUGAGACAGAGAGCAGAACACCUGGUGAAAUAGUUUCUGCAGAUAGACUGAAGAAUAUCUCUUCAGUUGUUCAUAAACUAUCAACACAUGCUGAUUACACUCAGGUAUCCAUACCUGUCUCCUUUGAAAUUCAGGAAGUGUGUACAGAUCCUUGUUCUGUUUCCAAGGAUGAUAUUAUGGGUAAUCAAGCAAUGUCAACUGAGAAUUUAGAAUAUUCUCAGUGUCGUACUGCCUCAGAGAAAUUUACUCAUGAUGCCACUGAUGGUUGUCUCUACCAAUCAACUGAGAAGUUUGAAUAUACUCGGUGUUGUACUGCAGACUCUUCAGAGAGAGUUGCUCAUGAUGUCACUGAUGUUGGUCUCUAUCAAUCAACUGAACGGCAGAUUGCAACAAAGUCCAUUGUGAAAGCCAGUGUGGGUGCAUCUCUUGAGGGUUCGACUCGGAAUAAACGAAAAAGGAGUGGUUCUCUGGCUACUUUGUCUACUUCACCAGGUGCUAAUGAAAAUGCAGUUUCUCCUCUCAACAGGGAUACUGAAGGGAGAAACUUGUUUCCUGAAAAGCAUGGUCUGAAAGAUGUUGUAGAAUCCCGAGACCUUCAAAGUUCUCUAGAUGAUAUUCAAUUAGAAGAUAACAGUAAGAGUCAAGUUGAAGGGAUGCCUCAAAAUGAGGAGGAUGACAUGCAUGAAAACUCUAAAUCUUCACUAAAGCUUCUAGUUGAAGAGGAUGAUUGUAGCUUGAAACAUAGGGAUUUAAGUGAAACGAAAAUGGUCACUUUUGCUGAUGAGGAAUUGGAAGCAUCCCAUGUUUCAAGUGUGGUCAGAAAGUCUGCUGGAGCUUGUGAUGUGGGUCUCUAUCAAUCAACUGAACGGCAGGCUGCUGUAAAAUCCAUUGAGAAAGCCAGUGUAGGUGAAUCUCUUGAGGGUUCAACUAGGAACAAUCGAAAAAGAAGUGGCUCUCUGAAUGCUUUGUCUACUUCACCUGGUGCUAAAGAAAAUACAGUUUCUCCUCUCAGUAGGGACACUGAAGGUAAAAACUUGUUUCCUGAAGAGCAUGGUCUGAAAGAUGUCGAAGAAUCCCGAGACCUUCAAAGCUCUCAAGACGAUAUUCAAUUAGAUAUUGGUAAGAUUCAAGUUUAUGGGAUGCCUCAAAGUGAGGAGGAUGACAUGCAAGAAAGGUCUAAAUCUUCACGGAAGCUUCUAAUUCAAGAGGAUGAAUGUAGUUUGAAGGAUAGGGAUUCGAGUGCAAUGAAGCAUCCCAUGUUUGUAUCUGCUGACGAGGAACCAGAAGCAUCCCAUGUCUCAGCUUGUGAUGCUCUUCUUAUGGAGGAAGCAAGAAGAAUGGAAGAUCCAAGUAGUUUUAUCUUUGAUGGAAUCUCAUUAUGCACUUUAGAAGAGGACAAAUUUUCUUCUCACCUUGAAGAAAAAUUCCAAAUCCGGAAUGCUGAAUCUUUGACUUAUAGUGAUUCGUUGCACUUGAUUGAUGCUGAUGAGACCGUGCCGGUGCUCGAGAGUUUCAUUUUGCAAUCAGAUGAUGAACAACCAUGCAUUGCUGAUCAGAGGAUCAGCUUUGACAAGCUCAGUCUUCCGAACACUUCAAUUGAACGUGCUAGCAUUCUAGAGGAGCUUUGCAGAUCUACUUGCUUACAAACUCCAGUAUCCUGUUCUUCAGUUUCGAAUAAAUUGCUCAAAUUUUCAAAUAUAUACCAGUCUGUUCCAACUGGGCUUCUAGAGGGCAUGGAUAAGCCGAAAGAUGAUUACGGUUGUUUGAGUGAGGCCUUUAGUUGUGCUUUUGAAGAAAGAUCAUAUUCAGAUUGUCUUCCCAGUUCAACUAGUCAGUUUGAUUGGGAGAUAAAGAAACCUUGUUUGUCUCCAGUUCGAAAAGUCUGGGACAGAAUCAUAUCGAAAUCAGACAGCUCUGAGAAGCGAAUGAGCGUAGUUCCUGAGCUUCCAUCCAUUUGUGAAGAAAAUGAGAAUGUAGAUGAAGUAGCUUAUACUUACCGAGAAGACAAUGUUGCUAAGGACCUGACUAGCUCAGUAAAAAGAGCACCACUUGCUGAUGUAAUCGCAAACAUUGCUGCAUCGGAAGCUGAAACAAAUAUUGAUAGAAGUAGUUUAGAUUCAGUUAACACAGAAUUCAGCUUCAAUGGAACUCACAAGAGGACCAAACAGAAAGUUGGAAAUGGAAAAGGCAUUAAGAGAAGAUACAAUAACAAAGAGAAUGAUAGCAUGUCAUCACUAGGAACAGCUGGUCCUAAGGGAAAACCGGGAUUAUUUCAUAAUCGAUUUAGUAAGCCAAAAGUAUCAUCAACAAGAACUAGUUCGAGGAGAGGAGGUCCAAGUUUGACAGUGACAGAGCCUAAGCCUAGCAAUAUCGUAUCGAAUAUUACUUCAUUUAUUCCACUUGUUCAACAAAAACAAGCAGCUGCAGUUGCAACAGGAAAAAGAGAUGUCAAAGUAAAGGCCUUGGGGGCUGCUGAGGCUGCAAGGCGUCUUGCAGAGAAAAAAGAGGACGAACGCAAAGCUAAAAAGGAAGCCAUGAAGCUUGAGCGAGCAAGACUCGAGCAAGAGAAUCUAAAGCAAUUGGAGAUGCAGAAGAAACAGAAAGAAAUGGAGAGGAAGAAAAAAGAGGCUGAUAUGGCAGCGAAGAAAAGGCAAAGGGAAGAGGAAGAGAAGAAAGAAAGAGAUAGGAAACGAAUGCGUGUUGAGGAAACAAAAAAGCAACAGAGAGAAAAUGAGCGAAAGUUGAAUGCACAAAAAGAAGAGAAAGAUGCCAAAUACCGAACCGUGGAUGAUAGAGGACAUGAGACUAAGGAAUCUAAAGAUGAAAAAAGGAAUCUUCAUAAGAAGAUGGAACAGCAAAAUGGAUAUGAGAAUCUCCAGACACUUACAGAAACUGAACAUGCUACUACACAAGCAUCAACAAGUGAUGCUAGGUCUUCAAGUGAACUUGUGACAAAUCUGAAGAUGAACAAUUUAGACAAACCCACAGGAGCUGACAAUGUAGAACAGUCAUAUGAUAUUUCUCCAUACAAAUGUUCAGAUGAUGAAGAUGAAGAAGAAGACGAUGACUCACCGAAUAAAAAAUUCGUUCCUUCAUGGGCUCGUAAAUCUAGUGUGGCUCUCCUUGUUUCUUCACAAGAUAGAAUAGACCCAGAGACCAUAUUCCCACCAGAUAGCUUUUGCAGCAUAGCAGAAGCUCUUCUGCGUCGAAAGUUUCAGAUUAACAUAGCUGGGGCUUGAAUCAGACCAUAAUGAUCAUCUCUAGUGAUUAUAUUCUCUUCAACCAACUAGCCUGAAGAAUUUUUUGCAUUGAGACAGAUUCUAAGAGAAGAUUUUGUGAAAUGGAGUGUUCUUGAGCAGCUAGCUUCACUCGGUUCCCACCAUUUUUUUCACACCGAGCUUCGGUUUCCGAAUAUCAAUCCAGGCAAAUUCUCCCUUCCUUAUUCUAUCUGUGAAUCUAUUCUCUACUCUACCUGUAUAUUUAGAUCUGAUAGGGAGUUAGUUUCUUUCUAACCCUUUUUUGUUGUAUGUUUUUUGUUCCUUAUUCUUUGAGGCCAAAAACACAAUGAACUCUUCUUAAUUCCCAUUAAGUCAUUCAAAAUGUGUAAAGAUCCUUUUUUUUUACCUCACUACAUAUCUCAACAUAUUUUUUUAAGGUAUGAUAGAGAAAGAAUAUUGUAACUUUUGAUUUUGGGGAUAUGAAUUCAAAUUUAAAAUCUCUGUGGGAGAUAGAUGUGUAAUACAAUUUGGCUAUGUUAUCAUAAAUAAAUAUGUAUCUUUAUUCUUUACCA